UGAAAACACACCUUUGGGCGUUUCAAUUAUCUCACGAGGAACAAAAAGUGUGAUCGAUACGAUCCAACGGUAACGAUUAAAAUGAAACGUAAACGUAGCUAAGCCCCUGGCUCCAAAAGACGCAUGAUGUCUGUCUAGUAGUCAUGUCCAAUAUGGCGUGUAUAUUGUGAGUUGCAUUAACGUGCAGGUUCUGUUCCUGCUUCUAGUGCAAUUAUUUUUUGUGAAUAAAGGGGAUGAAAUAAAUACAGAAAAUUUGUAGUAAAACAAUGUACAAUGAACUACGGUGGGAAUAUGCCAGAUUGGCACCAAUAUAAUACCUCACAAACAAAUGAAGUUUCAUCUUCUACGCAAAAUAUAAAUUCUGGUCACCUUACAUUCAUUCCUGGUGUCAGUCCUACAUUAAAUCCAAUUAGCCUUAACUCGGAGAGCCUGAAUAAGCAUCAGAACGAUGCAAAUUACAAUUCAAGAAAUUUUCAAUCUUUUAACAACGCCUCAAAUGGUUCAACUAUUCCAAAUAAUAGCCCUCUUGCAUCUAUGGUGCAAAUGCAGAAUUGCAUUGGCCAUUACGGUUCUCCAAAUACAAGAAAUCCUAUGUUAGAUAACAUAAAUGCUUCUGUGGAUCCUAGAAACACCUCAAUUGGAACUAUAAAUGAUGAAAUAGGAUAUAGAAGUAAUCAGGUGCCUUUCAAUGGACCUAUAGGUCAUCUAAAUGGACCAAACUGCAAUUUAAAUGCACCCUCCGGACCUAGAACAGGACCUGGGUCUAUCCCUGGACCUAGAACUAAUUCUGGACUUGGAACCAAUCCUAGCACUGGAACUGGUCCCAAUUCUAUGUUUGGGCCUAGUUCCAGACAUGGACCGGCACUAGGAACUGGAUCGAGCUCUGGAAAUAUGGGACCAAGAAGUACUAAUAUUAAUUCACUACCUCCUGGAAAACCUGGCCCCUCUUCUUCGUUUAUCCCUUGUAAAGGUUUGUGUUGCAAUUCAGAUCCUAAUAUUAAUUAUCAACAGUGGGAGAAGUUUGGAUCCUAUCAAAAUAACGCAUCGUAUAGAGAUAAUGUACAUUCAUCUAAUUAUCAGAUUGAAAAUAAACAUUUUGGAAAUAAUUGUAAUUUUAGAAAAGAUAAUUUAGAAGGUAAAGAAGUAAUGAGUCCUGUAUUACCCAAUGCGCCCACUAUAGAUCAUAGAAGAAAUUUUGCAGAUUAUAAAUAUCAUAAGGAUCAUCUAAUGCAUAGAAAUUACGUAACAUCUUCAGGAAUGUUUCACAAUUAUUCCAUGCAAAAUUACAAUUAUUCUACGGAGCAUCAAAAAUAUCCGUACCCUGUAAAAGAACAUACAAGGACGAAUAAUAUGAACAUGCCGAAUUCAGGAAUGCUUAAACAUCAAGAACAAAAUUUCAUUCCUCCCCAACAAAAGUUCAAUAACAAACAAUUCCAAUAUCAGAAUGGGAAUAUGUUAUCUAAAGGGAUGCCUAAUUUAAACGUAAACACAAAUAUGGCAUCAUCCUCUCAAAAUCCAUAUUUUAAUUCGCAAUUUCCAAGAAAUAUCUCUACAGAAAUGUCUCACGAAUGUCAAGAGACGACUGAUAAUACUACAAUGAUGCAGAACAGAAUGCAGAAUACCUUUAUGCACAACUCUUCUCCGCAGCAUCAAGUAUAUCAACAUAAAAUAGCAAUGCAAAAAUUUUCAAUAGAAAAUCAUCUUAGAGAGCUGAGCAGGAUACCUGGCUAUCAAUCCCAUCCCAAAUAUAAAGAAUGUAUUCUCAGAUAUAGAGAAGUAUUAAAAUUACAACAAUCGUCUGGAUAUCAAAAUCCGGUUCAACAAACGCCACGUGUGGCAACACCGAUGAACACGAUGCCGCCUAUUAAUUUGCAGUUCGAUCAGAAUGGUAUGUUGAUAAAUUCCAAUUAUCUACCGGAUAAUUUCCCCAAGUUGCAACAUGCACCAAUUAUAGAACAAGCAUCAAAAGAGAUCGAUAAACAAAAUAAGGGUCAGGAUAUUGCUAUGGUUAACGAAAAAUGUCAACAAUCGCAGCAACCGGAGCAAUUAAUGAUUCCUCAACAAAAUGAACAAAAUGUUCCUUCUUCUUGUAUAGAGACAUUUCAAAAGCAGAAUCAAUUCUCGAUACACGAAGAUUUCAAUCAAAAUCAAUUAAAAGUACAAACGAGUGAGAGUCACAGCUUUAAUACUUUAAAUACUGAUACUAGCAACGAAACAAUGAUGCAGCAGCAAAAAACUACAAAAGAGUUUGCCAAUAAACCGGAUUUGGACGUCAGACAAUUCUUGGCUAAUUGGGACGAAACUGACGACGAAGAUGGGACGGCCAACUUGCCAGAUACCGUUCUAAGUGAAACAACACCGGUCGUCGUGGUAAGCUACGAAAACAUAGAUCUUUCAUCGAAAACACAAACUGCGGAAGUCUCGAGGAAAAAUAAUUUCUGCUCGAGCGAGGCUGUAGAAAGUAACGACAAAGAAGGCGAAGCGAGCGUGAUAACAGCCCAAGAUUGUUUGACCAUAUCGUAUUCCGCAUCUGACAAUUCUCAAAUUGUGAAAACUUCCAAAAGAACUAUCGGGGAAGGGGUUGUAAAACCUGGAAGUAUCAUACACUGUAUCAGCAACGGCCCUGAUGAAAUACCCACCAUUCACAUAGUGGACAAUUUAGAAAUAAGCAACAUCCUUGGUGCGCCUGACGAUCAGGUUAUACAGACACUCGAGAAACAGAAGACAAUACCAUUUUUCAGAACAGAAUCGAACAACGAUGAAACCAUAGUUGCCGAAAGUACAGAGCGGGACAAGAGCGAUGCAACUCGUAUACUGCCUACCGAUUACACCGUGUCUUUGGAUAACAUGAACAAAAGUACAAGCGUGAAGAACAUUGAAUCUGAAACUGUCAAAACCACGACGGUUGCAACGACGGUUCCUAUGAGCACCGUUUCGAAUCACGAAUUAAGGGUGUUAGCGUCGGAGAAGGAGAAUCUAGACGAUAAUACAGAGUUGAAGAAACAGCACAGCUUCGAGGAAUCCCACAAUCCUGACGACAUCAGUUUACCAGAUUUACCAACAUCCGAAUGCACACCGAUAUCCACCACAUUGAACACCCCUAUUCACUCGGACACCGAGGAAUCGUCCCAGAACAUAGAAGAUUUAUCGAUAUCUACGAAUCCCAUAGAAGUGAUGCAAAACAAUGAUCCAGUAAUCAGUUUUACACGGUUGAGCGGCGAGGACAAAGUGAAAAAUAGAUCUCUCGAUAGUUUGGGGCUCGAGUUUCGGGAAAAGGAAAAUCACGACAAGGGCGAUCACGAGAUCGAUACGAGUGAACGAGAAACGGUAGGUGAUUUUGGCCUGUCCCACAAUUCUAAGACGGGAUCGAACGACGAGAAAAAUAAGCAGAAAAGUUUUGGAGCGAACGCUGCGAGAAAGAAAGCGUGCCUGAUGGAUGUGAAAGAGGACGAUGGAAGGAAUAGUAUUCUGACGUCCGUCGAGUACGAGUCGGAGGUUGAGCAGCAGGAGGAACACGUGCAAAGGAAGCACAAAAGCGUGCGAAGAUCGAUGGAAACGGCGAUAAGAGGUGGGAUUCAAAAGCGUGACAAUUCAGGCGACAACGUCGAUUCUAUGAAUGCAAAUUUAAGCCCGACGGCGUCUGGCGACGAGUCGAAUCUGAAAAAUGAGAAAGAGUCGCACAGAAGGAGACGGAUAAAGGAUGUGUCCACGAACACGACAACCGCCUGUCCAACGUCCUGCGAGAUCGAUCUUAAUAAAAAAAGAGAGGCGACCAGUUGGAAAGUGGACAAGGCUGUAACCCAGAAAAGGGAUAAUACGAGACAAUCGAAAGAUUCGUUCCAGGGUGAAGAGCAUCCCGCGUGCCAUAUGACGUCCCAAUACAAACGCUAUUCCGUUGCUGUGAUGAAGGAUACGUUGAACGAUAAGAGAACGCAGGGCGGCACAGAUAGAACGGCGAGUGGAAAGUCGGCCAAAGAGCUUCCCGGGGAGGAGACUGAAAGUAGGAAACACGGCAAAGCAACGUUCCACGAAACCAUCCAAUCUCAGACCUCCAAGUUGUUGCAGAAAGAUUUAAAGACGGUCGACGGGGGGGAUGUUAGAUACACGGCGGAGGAGAUGCGUUUGCUGAAAGAGUACAGGAGAACGAAGGAGAAGAUGUGUCUGGAUGCGGAAAAGAAGUCGACAAACGGUCACAAGGCGAGGAGGUGUUCCCAGGAAGAGGCGAGGAAGGGGAACUCGACUAUUCAAGUCGUGAACUUGAAAAUCAAGGAGAACGAGAUUGGCAAGAAGUUGAUCCUCGGUGAGAAAGGCGAGGAUCACGUGAAAGAUUCGUUGGAGGGGAUCCAAAUCGAGAUCAACGUCUCGUGCACGGAGAGAAACGCGAAGGAGCAGGGAAAACGAUCGUUGUACGACGAUCUGUACGACGAUCCCCAAUCUUUUUCGAAGCCAGCGUUCGAUUGCCAGCGUAGACAGCACGAUCAGGGAAAGAACGACUCGAGACUGUCCGACAGGGAGCAGAGAGGAUCGUGCGAGAAGUUGGAUCCUGGCGAGAAAAAUUCGAGAGUGAAAAGGGGUGGCUCGUUGGAGGGAAACGAGGAGGAAACGAGUUCUAAGGAAACCUGCAAUUGCGUUGCGUCGGACAAUCGAUUCUUAAGUAAAUCCAACGAUGUGUGCGAUGGGUCGAGAACCGAGGGUACAAAUCAGGGUACCGAGCCUAUAAUCAAAUCAAAAAGCGCAAUAUCAAGUACUGCCAUAAUUGACGCAAAUAAUAAAAUUAAGAAUAAGCCGGAGAACGAGGACAAGGAAGAUAACAAUUCUAUUCGGGUGGACGACGAUACUCGUAUAGGAAAGGCGCGUGGCUCGAUGGAUGCGUCGAGUACAAUGGAAAACGAGUUGGCAAGCGUAUCUCUCCCCAAGACUUCUACGAAACUGCCAGAAAGCAACGACCACCAGUUAAGAACUGGUGGUAAUUCGUUGAGCGAUUUGGAUUUAAAGUUAGGCAAGUAUGUGGAUCUGGAUGAUCGGCCGGACGAGAAGGAUGAUGAGGCAGUGUACAGCGCGGCAGGCAGGUGGAAGAAGCCAAAGAUAGACGACAUUUUCGAAGACUGCGAAAUGUUUCAAAGUAGCAACGGUUACAUUAAUCCCAUAUUCUCGAGUAUAGAUAAGCUAGAAGAUCCGCACACAGUUCCUGUAUACACAACCAAAGAUGGAAAAAUAUCUUAUAGCCCUAAUCGAAGAUUCACUUAUCACGAAUUGAUGAUGGAGGCGCGUGGUAAACGAGACUCGUACCCAUCCGUCCCGAAAAAGUCCCACUACACGGAUAAUUGGAACAAUAAUUAUUACAAUUCCAAGUUUCGUAAAUUGUACAAGAAGAAGCGGCAUCACGGCCUUAGCGAGAGGAAGAAGUACGAAUACAAGAGCACGAAGUACCUUUACGAUAGGAAAAGAAAUAAUUCGGACGAAUUUUACAGUAAGAAUCACGUUAAGUACAAGGACUACGUUCACAGCAUUAGGAACAACAAUGCCGUUUGGACUGAUCAUUAUAAAAUGUACAGCAGCAGCGAUUCCGAUGAACAGAUCAUGGAUCGAAAUAAAAAUUGCAUUGCUGAAGCGAGUAAGAAAGAUCAGGACACGAGCAGCAAAAGCGUAGCUAUACCUAAAUCGCAGAAAGACGGGUCGGUCGAGAAAUCGGAUUUGGAAUCUAAAAAUGAGGAGAGUAUCGAUAAUUUAUCGAAUAAGGAUAAAGAUUUAGAUUUAGGGGGCGCCCAACACACGGUUGAACUUGAUAAGAGUAACGAAGAUCGCGAAAUUACUAAUUAUACGAACAAUCCUGAUCGAACACGAUCGAAUAUCGCCACUUCAACUUCUCUAGAGUCGGAUCGUGAAAAUGUAGGAAAUGAAAAACAGGAUGUGAGUGAAAAUAACAAAAUAGUAGAAAAAUGUUUAGAUAAUUCAGAAUUGAAUAAUAAGUUGAAGCCAGAGGAAGAGGGAGAAAAUCUUCGGAUAAAUGAAAAUGAGAAUUCGAAGAAUGAAUGCAGUGAUAAAAUUAUCGAUAAAAUUGAAAAUGGAAUUACUCGUGGGGGUGAAGGGAAGGAGAGCGUGGAUGAGAAGGAGAACGAGUCGACUUCGAAACAAGAAAAAUCCUCGAUGAAUGAGAAUAAGCCGGAAUUUACUUUGUGCGACCUCGAAGAGGAAAAGAACGAUGAAAACGUUGUUUCGAAAGAAGAAACGGCGGAGCACGUCGAAGAGCACGAGGAAGAAAGUAAUACGAACGUGUUUCAUGAUCAAACUCCUUCAGAAACCGAAAAGAAUUUUGAAAGUAUAAUACAUCGUGUAGAAGUCAACGAAAAUCCAGAAAUUGAUCAAAUACCAGAGUCCGUGAUUGAUGUGACAAAUGAAGUUUCAGAAGUUCGAGUAGAAUCUAACGGAUUCGAUCAAAUUUCACAAGAAUUUUUGGAUCCUUUGGAAAAAUCAAAUGACGCGUUUAAUGAAAUUGUGGAGAAAUGCGAGAAAGAUAUCGAUGAAGAAAAUAUCUUGGAAUGUGAAAAAGAAAGCGUGCAAUUUGAGGUUGAAAUUUCUAGUGAAAAUCACGAUGAGGAUUUAAACGAGGUGAAAGAAAAAGAUGUUGAGCUUUCGAAAUAUCAAAAUGAUGAUAAUCCGUUGAAAGAUUCAACUUCCGUUUCCGUAAUGGAACAAGAGGAACAACCCGAAUCUCAAUUAAUGUUGACAGACUUAACAGAUCGAUACAUUUCCGUGGAAACGAUCGAAUACGAAGAAGAAAAUGUGAAUUCCGAUCAAAUAGACGACGAACAAAAUUUUUCCGAAGAACAAAAUUUUGUUGGUUUUCCGGAAGAUCAAAUUGACAUUGAGGAUAAAUGCAUCACCGAAACUGUAUCGAAUAAAGGUGAAAUAGAAGUUAUCCUGUCAAAUAUAGAGGAAACUUUAGCGGAAGAAACAAUAGGAAAUGAUGGUUUAAGAAUCGAGAACGAACAAGAUGAUUUGCUAACUGUCCCUCAGAUAAAUUGCGAUCAAGAUUCUUUAGCGGACAAAGAAACGCUUAUUUUCAAUACGUAUUGUGGUAACUCGCCGGGUAGUAUGGACGUUGAAAUUAGCCAAAAUAAGACUGAAGAAGAUGAAUCGAAAGAAGAACAAAUUCGUCUCGAACGAGUUAAUAGUAAAAAUUUAAUUAAUUCGUCGGAUAGCAAUACGGACGUGGAGGCAAUACCCAAACUGAUUAUAAAGAAAGCUGAUACGUCGAAAUCGGAGUGUUCAAUAGAUCAUACAGAUUCUUGUGAAAGUUACAAUAAAUACGAUACGAAAUUAUUAUCCGAAUUACGUCCAAAAAUACCAAAGGUGAUCAUUAUGAAAAAUAGAUCACGGUCAGUGACUCCAACGGUUGAAAUUUUAGAAAAAUCUUCUAACAAGUAUGAUAAAACGCAAUCUCCAGAGCAAAACAAAGGUGUGGAUAUGGAUAACAAAGAUGUUGAAUCGUAUACAUUGAAAUACAGUAAUUACGAGAAUAAAGUACCUAAGGUGAGAAUAAAAUUGGAGGAUAUAUCGUCUAAAGAUUUGAAAUUAUAUUUAAAACGAAAAGCUACUAAGAAGACUGUUCCAAAGGUGAGAAUUAAGAAGCUUAAAACGCAAGAGAGUGAAAGAUUCGAGAUGGAGAAUAGCUCAGGGACGGAAGGAGAAGCGGAAACUUCUUCUUCUGACGAAGAAGAUACAAAUUUUCACGAAUCGAUGUCCAGCGAUGCGGAAAAUGAAAGAAUACCAAAACUAAAGUUGAAAAAGCAAGAAGAAAAUAAAUAUUUUUCACCAGAAAGGAAUAAAGGGAAAGAUUCGAAUAUUUCUAAAAUUUCUUUGAAAAAAACCAAAAGAGCAAAGGAAGAAGAUUCGAAACACACUGCCAAUAAGAGCACGGCAAUUAACGAUGAAUUAAAGAAGAAGUUUCCUCAGUGCGUUAUCGAGAAAAUUCCUAAGGUUAUAAUAAAAAGAACCCAGAUCGGAACAGAAUUUAAAUGCGAAAUUAGUAAAAGUAAAAAGACUUCGAUCGCUGAAACUUCAAAAUGGCAACCAAAAGUAAAGUUGCAAAGAUUAAAUGUUCUGGAUUAUAUGGUGAAAGAUUUGAAGCAGUCGAAAAAUGUCGAAAUUGAUACGACCACUCACGUAAAGGAUAAUAAAGAUAAUGAUAUUAGUAACGAGGUUACAAUUGACAAUAAUAAAAUAAAAUUAUCUAGAUCUAAUUCAGUAUCCAAUUUAUCUCCCACUAAGUGUAAACAGAGAAGGUUAUCAGACUCUGGUUUUAUAAAAAUACACUCGAAAUCAAUUACUGAAUUCGAUGAUAAUUUAGAUGAUAAUAUGGAUGAUAAUAUUUUCAAAUCAAAUAAUAAUGAAAGUAAAAAUUUAAAGAAGAAGGGGAAGAAGAAAUUAUUUUCUCAAAAUGAACAAGCGUAUUGUAAUUAUAAUGAUGAGAGCGAGGAUGAAAUAAAAGAGACUGUCACGAAACAUUCCUUUAGAAAUAUUUUAACGAACGAAAACAACGAUCUGAUGGUUGUGAAGAAGAAAUACUCAUCAUUUGGGACCAAGGGAAGUACAUCUCCUGUAGAAGAUAAAUUUUUAGAUUCUGUCACAUGUUUAGAUAAUAAUGAUAAUGAUAGUUCAAUAAUUAAAAUCGAUUCUUCUGAUGAAAGUCAAACUACCAUAGAAAUUCUGCCAGCAUCACCAAAUAGUAGCGAUGAUGAACCAAAGAAUUCUGAAUCUGAAAAUACUAGUAAAAUAAAUAUGGCAAAUGCAAUUCCAACUCAAUUGGAAUUAGAAUUGGAGCUUAUCGAUAACAAUAAUAUGUAUUCUGAUAUAUUUGCAUCAAAAAUUGACUAUGCAUCGCAUUCUAAGAAUAAGUAUAUUAAUCAAGAACCAUAUUUCGAUGAAUUUCAACAUUUCUCACAAGAUACUUUUGAUCAAAACGAUCAUAUCUUAAUAAAAAAUCAACAAUCGUAUAAUUCAGAAAAAGAAUCAAAUGAUUAUUUUUAUUGCAAUGAUUUAUUGGUUAAAGAAGUAUUAGCUGCUAGAACAUUGAAAAAAUGCUUGACUCGACCGGAAAAUAUAGAUAUAGAAGAAAGAAAAUCACGACUUAGAACAGUAGCUGAAAAGAAACAAGGUUUAAGUUUUAAUUUUAACGAUUUUGGAAAAUCAUUAGAUAAAUUUGAAAAAGUAUGUACUAACAAAGAAAAUGAUGAAGUAAAAAAGGAUAGAACAUCUAAAAAUUCAGAAAUGAAAGGACACAAAUCUCCUCGUAAAAUGAAAACGGAAGAAAUUGAAGAAAGCUGUUCAAAACAAAAUGAAAUUUUUUCUCUGGUUUGCCCUACAGCUUCCACACAUGAAGAAAAUAAUGUUUCCGAAUUGACAACGAUUUCGUUAAAAGCUUCUAAAAGAUUUGAUAAAACAACAAUGAGCAACAACAAGGCAUCCUUGAAUAAUUCUGAUCCAUUAAAUAACAACAUGAAAGAAUUGCAGGAGGAAAAAUCUCAGAAAAAAAACAAUAGCAGCGAAUAUCAGAAGGAAAGUGAUAAUUCAAACGAUAAAAAGACAAAGGAAGAUAAUAUGCCAUUAUUAGUGCCAGAGUUUUCUUUAAAUUUUGAUUCCAAUUCAGAUAGAGAUAGUUCCAGAUCUCCGCCUGUUAUAACGAAUCAAGAAGAAGUUGAGCAAAUGAUAGGAGAUGUAAAGUUGAUGGAAAGUAAAAUGAUAAGUCAAAUUGAAAAAAUAGAUGAAAAUAAAAAACAUUCCUAUAAAGACUGUGAAAUGACAAUUGCUGAUAUUAUAACGCAAUUAGCUUAUCAUGAAAAGGCAACAAUAAAACAUAAAAGAUAUUGCAAUUUGUGCGAAAGAUGGUUUCCUACAACUUCACGACAUCGCCGACAUUUAGCUGGAUAUCAACAUCGUUAUAUGGAAUUGACACAACGUAAAAGUAUACACGCGCUUUUUAUUCUUUUUACUGGCAAACCAUGUCCAAAGCUUUUGCCAGCAAAUGUUAUUCGAAGUGAUUGUUCUAUAGGAGAAUUGACACCUUUGCAAAUUGCGGUUCAGGAUGUUGCAAAAUGUGUUGAAUUUAUGCAACCAGAAACGAAAGAAUAAUAAUAAUGAGUUACUAUAAAUUAUUUUGGCUGCAUAGAUGCAUUAGAUGAUUUCCUGUGAUUAUGUAUACUAAAACAAAUGAUGUGAGUACCUUUGAAAAAUGUACUAUAAUGACAAACACAAAAUGAAUUCUGUGACUCUUUUAAUCUCAAUGGAAUUGUAUAUUUUCAAUAUGAUUACUAUUCUUGGCAAUCAUAUUAUAUAAUUAUAUCAUUAUAUAAUAUAUAUAUAUAUAUAAAAAAACAAUGAAAUUAACAUCCGUGAGCUUUGCAAAAAAGAAAAGCUUUGUUGAUUGAUGUUAAUUGUUAAGUUACUUGAAAGAAAAAAUUACUUUAAGUAGUUAGAUAUUUAGCCAAAGAUUUUAGCAAAAAAAAAAAAAAAAAAAA